AUGGAUAUUCGCCGCCCUAUCAGGGACUCUGCGGAGCCCAAGGUUCUAUCCGUUGCCUUCAACAAUGACUGCACCAGGUUUGCAUGCGGUAUGGAAGAUGGCUUGAGAGUCUUCCGGGCAAAAGACUGUAUACGAACCAUCAAAGAAGCACCUCGGCCUGGACAUGGUCUCGCCAUCGUGGAAGCGUUGGAUGACAGAUAUGCAGCUCUCGUGGGUGGUGGAAGACUCCCGAACUCGUCACCAAACAAGCUCGAGUUCUGGGAUCUUGUGGAGAAGAAGAAAUUGAAGGAGCUGAACUUCGGCGAACCCAUCGUCGCUGUCCGUGUGACUGCCAAAUACUGCAUCGUUGUCCUGGUAGAUCGAAGUAUAUCACUGGAGUACGCCAAGGACACAAACACUGGAGCCAUCAACCUAGGAUCGGUCAAGGGUCUAUACAAAACAGCAUCGAAUCCAUUUGGCCUUUGCUGCAUCAGAGGCGAUGCUCUAGCACUACCUGGUGAAACGCCUGGACAGGUACAAGUAUUGACCUUGUCGUCCAAGGACAAGAAGGUAUUCAAGGCUCACGAAGGAGAUCUACGACAGAUGGCUAUGAGCAAGGAUGGAACCAUAAUCGCCACAGCCAGUCGACAAGGUACUAUUAUCAGAAUCUUCAGCACUACAGACCCUACAAAAUCCACCGAAUUACGUCGUGGUCUUGAGUCUGCGUCGAUAUGGGGACUUGCGUUCUCGCCUUCCUCGCAAUUCCUUGCUUCCACCUCAGACAAAGGCACGUUACACAUCUGGGAUCUCCGCCCUCCAAGAGCACCGGAAACCCACGCUCGCCCACCGCCCAAUCAGCGAAAAGGUAGCUCUACCGGCCGCGGAGGCCAUGACUACGACACAAUAUCACACGCCUCUGGCUCGUCCUCGCCACUCCCUGGCACCGCGGUCAACACAGUCCCGCCUCCAGAUCUUCGUCACGCACCACCAGCCACUGCACCUUCGCUAGGCUCGAUGCUAAGCGGUCUAGCCAAGGGCACCAGAUCCUCAACCUCGAUCGAGUUCACCAUCGGCUCAGAUCCACCAAACUGGCAAGGUCAGCCGCGCUACACCAGCACAACACUACCUAACGGACAGACUGCCAAGCUCAAAGUCGAUAACGUGGCUGUCCCUGGCAGACCAGACGGUAAACCGCCAAAGGGAGUGUUGGCUUGGGAUCCGGAAGGUGGGGAUAGAAGAUUGUGGGUCGUCGGAGGUGGAGCAGACGCGAAGUGGGAGGUCUUCGAACUGGCCGAUGAUGUGACUGGAGGAGUCAAGAUUGGCAGUACAGGUUUCAGGAACUAUCUUACUAGGCAGUUUCCUGAGAAGAGCUGA